CAACACCAUCCUACACACUAAACGCACACGGACGAAACAAAGAUGAGUUAUCUAGCAGAGAGAAAGCCGCAUGCUGUGUUGACUCCAUAUCCAGUUCAAGGCCAUAUUAACCCCUUGUUCAAUCUAGCAAAGUUGCUUCACCAUAGAGGCUUUCACAUAACCUUUGUCCACACUGAGUAUAACCACAAACGCUUGCUCAAAUCAAGAGGUCCUAACGCCUUUGAUGGCCUUUCUGACUUUCACUUUGAGACCAUCCCAGAUGGUCUUCCAUCCAUUGAAGGUGAGAGUGGUGAUGUUAGUCAAGAUAUACCUGCUUUGAGUGAAUCAAUCAGAAAGAACUUCCUUCAUCCCUUUCGUGACCUUCUUGCAAGACUUAACAACUCUGCCACUGCUGGUCUUAUCCCCCCAGUUACCUGCUUAGUUUCUGAUUUUUGCAUGACCUUUUCUAUUCAAGCUGCUCAAGAACUUGCACUACCAAUUGUUCUCCUUUGUCCAGCCAGUGCAUCUACUUUCAUGUCUUUUGUGCACUUUCAGACACUGCUUGAUAAAGGGAUCAUACCACUCAAAGAUGAGAGUUAUCUGACAAAUGGAUAUUUAGACACUAAAGUAGAUUGGAUUCCAGGUAUGCAAAACUUUCGACUCAAGGACCUGCCUGACUUUAUGAGGACAACAGAUCCAAAUGCUACAAUGCUACAAUUUGCCAUUGAAUUGGCAGAUAGAUCUCACAGAGCAUCUGCUAUUGUUUUUAAUACUUUUAAUGAACUUGAGAGAGAUGUACUGAGUGCUCUCUCCUCUAUCUACCCUUCUCUUUACCCAAUUGGCCCUUUUCCUUCAUUUUUAAAUCAAACUCCAGAAAGUCACUUGGAAUCUUUAGGUUCCAAUCUUUGGACAGAAGAUACCAUGUGUCUCCAAUGGCUUGAAUCCAAGGAACCCAGGUCAGUCGUUUAUGUUAAUUUUGGAAGCAUUACUGUUAUGUCACCAGAGCAACUGUUGGAGUUUGCUUGGGGUUUGGCCAACAGCAAGAAACCCUUUUUAUGGAUUAUUAGGCCUGACCUUGUCAUUGGUGGUUCUGUGAUUCUGUCAUCUGAGUUUAUCAAUGAAAUUUCAAGUAGAGGCCUGAUAGCAAGCUGGUGUUCACAAGAGCAUGUUCUGAACCACCCUUCAAUUGGUGGUUUCUUGACUCAUUGUGGAUGGAACUCAACCAUUGAAAGCAUCUCUGCAGGAGUGCCAAUGCUGUGUUGGCCAUUUUUCGCCGAUCAGCUAACAAAUUGUAGAAGUAUUUGCAAUGAAUGGGAUAUUGGGAUGCAAAUUGACACCAAUGGGAAGAGAGAGGAGGUGGAGAAGCUGAUAAAUGAAUUGAUGGUGGGAGAGAAAGGAAAGAAGAUGAGGCAGAAAACCAUGGAAUUGAAGAAAAGGGCAGAGGAGGACACUAGGCCUGGUGGUUGUUCAUACAUGAACUUGGACAAAGUGAUUAAGGAGGUGUUGCUAAAACAAUAAUAGUUGGAACUUGGAAGUGCUUUUAUUUUCUGCAAUGAUGUACUUUAAUAAUUCAUUUAUCUUCUCCUCUCCAAUUUGGUCCACUGUCAAUCAAAAUUGAUGCAUCAUUAGAAGUGCUAGAUAUAUUUCAAACGUAAGCUAUAUGCUGCAUUGUAUU